UGAGAGAUGUAAGGAGAAAAGUCCCAUCGACCCGAACCGCGGGCGCUCCGUGGGGGACCCCUCAGAUCUUGAUGGAUCGGCGAUUCGUCCGAUUUUAUCUUCUGCCGCGAAUCUGAACGUCGUUCCGUUCCCCCAUCGUUCGCAUUACUCUUUUUCGGAACGUGCGGGGGUUUCUUUCCUUUUUUGUGAACAUCUUUUUAUGUGAUAAUACCCCUACCCAUCGGUUGCCGCCCCUUUCGUGCUCCUUGUGCGACAGUCGCCGCCGCCGCCGAAGCCGCCAUGGUCGGCCUGGCGCGCAAGAUAUUAGUAUCCGCGGCUGUAGACGGUCUCGUCUUGCAGCCGCUAUCGUCCAAGAAAGACCCCCGGCCACCAGCCUCUCCGGUGAAACUCAAGUACGGCGAUGCGACCGUCUCUCACGCCUCGAGGGAGGUUCCCGGCGAUGCAGUGGCCAAGCCCAACGCCUCGUUCGAAAGCUUCGGCAUCAUCGGUCUCAUAACAGUCCCGCCGCACAGCUACCUCGUAACCAUAACCCGCCGCCAGCAGGUCGCCUUGGUGCGCGGCAGGCCCGUCUACGUUGUGACCGAGGUCGCCCUCACGCCCUGCUCGUCGCAGCCCGAAGCCACCGAGGCCAUCGCGCGAACCGCCGCGCACCUGAAACGGGCAGCGGCAGCCUCCGAGGCCACAGCGGCCGGCGAAAGCGCAACCGACAGCAGCGACAGCGACGACGAGAACGCGCCGCCGGCGCCAGUCGUGUCCGAUGACGUCAGUGACGACGCGGCGGAGCCCGACGACAGCCGCGGCCGCCCGCGGUCCAUCACGAGCAUCGCAUCGGAUGUUAUGAACAAGAGGGGCGGCUACGGCCGCUUCGCGCAGCGGUGGUUCAGCGGCGGCGGUUGGAUGCAGGACCAGAAGCGGAGCAUGGGCCUCAGCAACGGCCCGCCCGUCGCCCAGCAGGAUGCUGCCGCUGCCGACGGGAGUGAUGGAGACAGCAGAAAAGGGGGUGUGCCUAGCCCUGAAGGCCCGGCUACUGGGGACGCGGUCAAGGCAGAAGAAACAGCGCAACCCACCAUGGGCAGUGCGGCGGCCUUGUUGCCAAAGCUGUUGCGUACCACCCAGAUUCUGUUUGGGACGUCGCGCAGCUUUUUCUUCAGCUACGACCACGACAUCACCCGAAGCCUCUCAUCGCAGCCUCCGAACGCGGCCCAGUCCGAGCUGCCUCUUUGUCGGAGGGUUGAUCCAGUCUUCUGGUGGAACAGACAUGUACUGAAGCGGUUUGUCGAAGCCGGGGCCGAUGCGUUCGCUCUCCCCUUGAUGCAGGGCUUUGUAGGCCAAAGAACGUUCGUCGUCGACAGCGAUCCUCCCCAGGUCGACGAAGGGGUCAAGGAUUCGCUUGAGAUGAGCGACCUGAGGUCGAGGCCCCAGUCCGGCACUGCUUCUCCCCAAAAUGAGCGACUCUCUGAGAGCCUGAAUCGCCGGUCUUCUGAGAAGAUCUUUGAUAUCACCAUAAUAUCGAGGAGGUCUGUCAAGCGGGCUGGCCUGCGCUAUCUGCGGCGCGGUGUCGACGACAACGGUAACACGGCCAACUUUGUCGAAACAGAGCAGAUUCUGUCGCCUGCCGAGGGCAGCGCUGCGGAGAAGACAUGCUCAUUCACCCAAAUAAGAGGAAGCAUCCCGCUCUUCUUCGUCCAGAGCCCCUAUUCCUUGAAGCCGGCACCCGUAAUCCAACAUUCCCCCGAGUCCAACUACCAGGCUUUGAAGAAGCACUUCUCAAUGCUCAAGACGCAGUAUGGCUCGCUCCAGGCUGUAAAUCUGGUCGAAAAGCAUGGCAUCGAGGCUUCUAUUGGCGAACAGUACGAGAAAGGCGUUCAAAGAUUAAACGAGGAAAGCGGCCCCAGCGAAGGUGUUCCGUUCGAGUGGUUUGACUUCCACUCCGAAUGUAGGGGAAUGAAGUUUGAGAACGUGUCGAAGCUCGUCGACAUACUUGGAAAACAGCUUGAGCGCUUCGGAAGCACUGUCGAGGUCAACGGAGAGAUUGCUUCGCGACAGGCUGGCGUCUUGAGGACGAACUGUAUGGACUGCCUCGACAGGACAAACGUCUGUCAGAGCUCGUUCGCCAAAUUCAUGCUGGAUCAUCAGCUGAGCCAGCAAGGCUUCGACAUGUCUGCUCAGCGAGAUCAGGAGACGGCCUGGUUCAACACGCUAUGGGCAGACAACGGCGACUCCAUCUCGAAACAGUACGCGUCGACCGCGGCUAUGAAAGGAGACUACACGAGGACCAAGAAGAGGGACGUCCGCGGGGCGCUGACAGACAUUGGUCUGUCGGUCAACCGCCUGUGGAGCGGCAUGAUAAACGAUUUCUUCGUCCAGACGACAAUAGACUUCCUUUUGGGGAACGUCACCGCCAUGGUGUUUGAUGAAUUCGAAGUCAACAUGAUGUCCCAGGACCCGGCAGUUUCAAUGCAACGGAUGAGGGAGCAGGCCAUCGAGCUGUGUCAGAAGAGAGUUGUGGCUGACGAGAAAGAGGAGUUCAUCGACGGCUGGACAAUGCUGACGCCGCACACGUCCAACAGCCUGACAGCCCAGCCAUUCGAAGAGGCUGUCCUCCUCCUCACCGACGUCGCCAUGUACCUGUGCAGGUUCGACUGGAAUCUGGAUAAGGUCUCCUCCUUUGAGCGCGUCGAGCUAGCGAGCGUGAAGAAAGCCACGUUCGGAGCGUACGUCACGUCCACCACGGCGCCGUGGCAGCUGGACGAGACAAAAAACCAGGGAAUCUUGGUGACAUAUAAGCCGUCAACAAAGGACGUCAUCCGCGUCAACACCCGGUCCUUGUCGGCGUCCUUUGGAAAAAUGGAUGACAAGGACAAGGCCCCGGACGCGCCAGGACCGGUAGGGCUCGCUGGCAUCCUGUCCCGUCGGCCCGCUCCGCCAGCGGAGAGGAAAAUCGCUCUCAAGGCACUCUACUCCCUAUCAUCACUCGCCGAGUCGAGCGGGGGUAACGGCCUCACUGAAAUUCAGCAGGUGGUGAGCAUCAGCGCCCAGCUCGAAAGGCUCAUAGCCCUCAACACGCCCAUAUCAGCAGGCUCCAAGCGGGAGAGCAUCCUUGAGAGCGGCGAUAUCAUCUCGGCCGCUGAAGCCAAACGAAACGCGGGGCUGCUCGAGCAGCUUGGGUAUUCGAUCAGGAAGCUCGUGUGGGCUUGAUCUGCAUCUUGGUUGGUUGGUUUAUGUAGGGUGCCCAGGUGUAAUGGACCUCGUUCGACUGGCUAAGGCGACUUUGGCUUGAAUGAAGACGGAGCGGCGGCGUCUGGGGUUGAUGGGUGCAGACGCCGAUGACAUGGGGCGACGUUCUUUCAGUGAUAUCCAGUAGAAAGGUAAUAUAGCAGCAAUAAUUUCUUGCCGCAGGCUGCGCUGCAAUACACAUUAUCUCUUGGAUCACACCGGCUUCGAGACACGAUAUA